AUGUCACAAAGAAAACGAACAAUGGAGACUCCAGAAGCAGAGGAUGUCGAAGUGAAGAAAGUGGCGCCUCCAAGUGUAGAAUUCGUUCACAGAGCACUGGCUUCUGAUGAGCCUGCACCAUUCUCAGAUGAACCCACUGCUAUCAUGAUUAGGAAUGCAGUCGAUUACACUAACAAGAUCACAUUAGCAAUUGCUAAAGCCAAUGAAGCCGGCCGACCCGUUCGAAUCUACGCAGAUGGAAUCUAUGACUUGUUCCAUCAUGGCCAUGCCAAUCAGCUGCGACAAGUUAAGAAAAUGUUUCCGAAUGUCUACUUGAUUGUUGGAGUUUGUGGAGACCGUGACACUCACAAAUACAAGGGGAGAACUGUGACAUCAGAAGCAGAGCGAUAUGACGGUGUUCGACACUGUCGAUAUGUGGAUGAAGUAUAUCGAGAAGCUCCAUGGUUCUGUAGUGUUGAGUUUUUGAAAGAAAUGAAGGUCGACUUCAUUGCUCAUGACGCCAUUCCAUACGUCGCACCAGGAGAGGAGGAUCUGUAUGAAAAGUUCCGCAGAGAAGGAAUGUUUUUGGAAACCGAGAGAACCGAAGGUGUAUCCACCAGCGAUGUCGUCUGCAGAAUCAUCCGUGAUUAUGAUAAGUACGUCCGUCGUAACUUGCAAAGAGGAUAUUCAGCAAAGGAUCUCAAUGUGGGAUUCUUGGCGGCCAGCAAGUACCAAAUCCAAAACAAAGUGGACUCACUGAAGAGCAAGGGAAUCGAACUUUUGUCCACAUGGAAGAACAAGUCAGAUGAUCUCAUUCGCGAGUUCGUGGAGACUUUCCAUAAGGAUGGAGGAUUGAAUGCAUUCGGUGGAAAACUGAAAGGAAUCAUGGCUCUGUCCCGUUCACCAUCCCCAUCUCCACGUGAGGGUACUCCUGAGGAAGUUGAGAAGCAAUCUGAAACCCAGGAUGAGGAAGAAGAGGAACAAGCAGAAGAAGAAGAGACUCAAGUAGAAGAAGUGAAUGAGGAAGAGAAAGACGAUGAGGACGACGAAGAAGAGAAAGAAGACUUGAAGGUUGUCGAGAAAGUCGAGAAAGUAAAGCGUGGGAGAAAGGCUAAGAAGACUGGAAGGAAGAGUAAUGUUGUCAAAAACUAA